AAGCUUAACAGUAUGGUAUAGGACGGAUUUACAUUUUCUUACGCAGAAAGCCAUGUCUAUACUAACUAUGUAAUGUUGGCCAUUCUGAUUGUCGUUUCGGUUUCACCCAAUUGCUGUUUAUGUCAAAGAAGAGAUGAGAGAGAGAGUAGUGGUGUGGAUCUCAACAUUGUCGUAUGGUGGUUGAGUGUUUAGUGGUAUAUACGUGAUUGUGAGUGGUUUUGUUCAUGGAAAUGAAGGUGCAUAAGCGACGCUGUUGCUGGUACCAGACCACAUGACGCUGGUUGGGGUUAGCGAAGAGGGUUAGACAGCGAAUCAAGUGAAAUGAAUAUUACAUCUGAAAGGAUUUGUUUUGUAAAUAUAUUAUGACACAUUGAAGUCAUAGACACAAUGGUGUCCAGAGGAGAUAAGGCGAGUGGCACUUUUAAGAGCCCUUCCAGUGACAAGUCGAAAGGGCCAUCACGAGAUUUUGAAUUUACGAUACCUCCAGAAGCUCCUGUAUUUGAACCGACAAGUGAAGAAUUUCAAGAUCCUUUAGGAUACAUACGGAAAAUUCGUCCAGUUGCAGAAAAAUCUGGCAUAUGCAAAAUAAAACCACCACCGGAUUGGCAACCUCCUUUUGCUGUUGACGUUGACAAAUUUAAAUUCACGCCAAGGAUUCAGCGACUAAAUGAAUUGGAGGCAAAAACACGGAUAAAGCUAAAUUUUUUAGAUCAGAUAGCAAAAUUUUGGGAACUGCAGGGAUCUUCAUUGAAGAUUCCAAUGGUGGAACGAAAAGCCUUAGAUCUUUACACAUUGCACAGGUUAAUCCAAGAAGAAGGUGGUGUAGAAAUUGCAACAAAGGAAAGGAAAUGGACGAAAGUUGCUGCGAGAAUGGGCUUCCCUCAUGGAAAGGGUUUAGGAACGCUAUUGAAAAAUCAUUAUGACCGGAUACUUUACCCCUUUGAUGUGUUCCAGCAGGGGAAACUUGUUGGGCAGAUUAAGAUGGAACCAGAUCAGAAUGAAAAUGAAAAGCGAGAUCAGGAUUACAAACCUCACGGUAUUCCAUCACGUCAAGCAAUCAAACCACCACAAGAAAAAUACAGCAGGAGGUCUAAACGAUAUGCCCCUGGUGACGCUUCUGACUCUGAUACUUUGAUUGGACAAGAUAACUCUGAUACAAAUGAGAAUAAGGAACUGAGGAGGCUUCAGUUUUAUGGAGCUGGUCCAAAGAUGGCUGGGUAUCAGACACGGAAAGAAGAGAAACCAAAAAAUAAAACAAGAGGAAAGAAGGUUAACUACGAGUUUGAUCCUCUUGCCAAGUACGUGUGUCACAACUGUGGACGGGGGGACGUUGAAGAGUCGAUGUUGUUAUGCGACGGCUGUGACGACAGUUACCAUACGUUCUGUCUCAUGCCUCCACUUCUGGAAAUUCCUAAAGGUGAUUGGAGGUGCCCUAAAUGCGUCGCUGAGGAGGUGAGCAAACCGAUGGAAGCUUUCGGUUUCGAGCAAGCACAGCGGGAAUACACAUUACAGCAGUUUGGAGAAAUGGCAGAUCAGUUCAAAUCUGACUACUUUAACAUGCCCGUUCAUUUGGUUCCCACGCCGCUCGUAGAAAGGGAGUUUUGGCGAAUUGUUUCUUCUAUUGAUGAAGAUGUUACGGUAGAAUAUGGAGCAGAUCUACAUACUAUGGAUCACGGAUCCGGUUUCCCUACCAAGUCAACCCCAGAUCUGCAUCCUGUUGACCAAGAAUAUGCAAAUUCUGGUUGGAAUUUAAACAAUCUUCCUGUCCUUGAAGGUUCAGUUCUGGGUCAUAUUAAUGCAGAUAUAUCUGGGAUGAAGGUUCCAUGGAUGUAUGUUGGUAUGUGCUUUGCGACUUUCUGUUGGCACAAUGAAGAUCACUGGAGCUACUCCAUAAACUAUCUUCACUGGGGUGAGCCAAAGACGUGGUAUGGUGUGCCUGGUAACAAGGCAGAGGCAUUUGAGUCCUCGAUGAAAAUGGCGGCACCUGAACUCUUCCAGUCACAGCCUGAUUUACUGCAUCAACUGGUUACAAUUAUGAAUCCAAAUAUACUUAUGCAAGGAGGUGUACCAGUUUGUAGGACAGAUCAACAUGCCGGAGAAUUCGUAGUAACUUUCCCAAGGGCAUAUCAUGCUGGUUUCAACCAAGGAUACAAUUUUGCUGAAGCUGUCAACUUUGCGCCAGCCGACUGGUUAAAAAUGGGGCGUGAAUGCAUCAGCCACUAUUCCAUGUUACGUCGGUUUUGCGUUUUUGCUCAUGAUGAACUCGUUUGCAAAAUGUCUUUGGAACCAGAUGCUUUAGAUCUUACUGUAGCGGCUGCAACAUAUCAAGAUAUGUUGCAAAUGGUGGACAGUGAAAAGAAAAUGAGAAAGUCACUUCUUGAAUGGGGUGUGACCGAAGCCGAAAGGGAAGCGUUUGAAUUGUUACCUGAUGACGAGAGGCAAUGUGAAGUGUGCAAGACUACUUGUUUUUUGUCUGCAGUAACAUGUAGUUGCAAUGCAGAACAUUUGGUUUGUCUUAGGCAUUAUUCAAGCCUGUGCUCCUGUCCGCCAGACAAGCAUACACUAAGGUAUCGGUAUACAUUAGACGAGUUGCCUGUCAUGUUACAUAAGUUGAAGCUACGGGCAGAGUCCUUUGAUAAUUGGGUAUCAACUGUAAAAAAUGCAUUGGAUUUAAAUUCUCCGAAAAAACUAGACCUUACAGAGGUUAAAUCAUUGUUGCAAGAAGCAGAACAAAAGAAGUUUCCUGAAUCGGAGUUGCUGCAGGCAUUAAUGCAAGUCGUCACGGAAGCCGAGAAGUGUGCAAGUGUUGCCCAGCAACUUUCCUGCAAGAAAGUUCGGACACGAACACGGCAGACCAUAGAAGCAAAGUACAAACUGACAGUCGAAGAGCUGUCAUUAUUUUAUGAACAAAUAGAAAGUUUACCAUGCACGAUAAGGGAAGGUGAAGGAGUGAAGGAGUUACUCGAUAGAGUUAAAGAUUUUCAGACGGAAGCAGCUGAACUUUUAGGCCAAGAAAUGCCAGAGUCGCAAUUGGUGGAUAAAUGUAUAGAGAACGGCAUUGUAUUGGAUAUUGAACUGUCAGAAAUUCCGAAGCUGAAGCAGACCUUGGCCCAGAUGAAGUGGCUAGAAGACGUGAGAGAUUUGCAGGAAGAUUCGGAGCAGGUUACUUUGGAGUCACUCAGAAAGCUGCUGAAUGUCGGUGUAAGUUUGCCUCCGCACGCAAUAGUAGAGAAAUCGAUGGCUGAGCUUCAGGAUCUUCUGACACAGGUGGAAAAGUGGGAAGAAAAGGCCAAAGUCUGCUUACAAGCAAAAUCCCGGCAAACGAUCUGCACUAUAGAAACAAUCUUGAAGGAAGCAGAGGCAAUUCCAGCUUUUCUACCAAAUAUUGGAACUUUAAAAGAUGCCCUCAAGAAAGGAAAAGAAUGGUCCUCAAAAGUAGAAACAGUUCAGAGGGCUGAAAAUUUUCCGUACAUGGAUGCGCUGGAGUUACUUGUUAACAAAGGGCGAAAUAUUCCUGUUCGUCUGGAACUCCUUCCACAACUGGAAUCACAACUGAGUGGUGCCAAAACAUGGAAAGAUCGAACAGCUCGUACCUUCCUUAGGAAAAAUUCGCAUUACACACUAAUGGAAGCAUUGUCUCCAAGGGUUGAAGUGGGUGUGUCGGCUUUGAAACAAAAGAAACGUCGUUUCCGUGAAGAUAAUUCAGCUCUUUUGAUUGCUCCAGUUGUUUGUGAUGUUAAGUUGGAUGGAGAUGUAGAUCCUGCUGCUGUGGUUGCAGCUUUCAAGGGGGCAGAGGAACAGGAGAUGGUUGCAAUGCGUGCUCUGCGUUUAGAAAAUCUAAAGAAGAGAGUUAAUGAUACAGGAGAAGCCAAGUAUUGUGUAUGUCGUCGCGGGGUUUCGGGAUUUAUGUUGCAGUGUGAAUUGUGUAAAGACUGGUUCCAUGCCACAUGUGUUCCCCUUCCAAAGAGCACCAGCAACAAAAAUAAGCAGCAGACUCCGGCACAGCAGUUAGUUGCCGCCGCAUCCAGAGAGCUGAAGUUCCUUUGCCCGUGCUGCUUGAGGUCUCGUCGACCUCGUCUCGAAACAAUUCUUUCUCUUCUUGUAUCUCUUCAGAAACUUCCAGUUCGUAUCCCUGAGGGCGAAGCUCUUCAGUGUCUCACAGAGCGGGCAAUGAAUUGGCAGGAUCGCGCCCGUCAAGCUCUUGCUACGGAAGAACUUGCGUCUGCUCUUGCGAAGCUCUCUGUCUUGUCACAAAAACUGGUGGAGGCCGUUGCGCGCGAGAAGACUGAGAAAAUUAUCAGCAGUGAAUUAAAGAAAGCUGCCAGCAAUCCUGAGCUGCAUCGCCGUGUGCAGGCCAUUUCAUCUCUCAGUGGUGUGCAGAGCGAAGAUUCUCUGGGAUCGCAGUCGAGUCCGCCGCAUCUGGGAGAAUCAAGUGGCGUUGAAACAGAAGCUGCUGUUGACUGUUUGCAUGAAACAUUGGAUCAAGCGAAUGAUCAGCCUCAUAGCUCAUUUCCUCAAGAUGAUGACGACGAUGUUGAUGAUGAAGAUGAUGAUGAUUCCGUGUUGACAUCGGCUAAUCUGAGAACAGACGAAGAUGAUGAUUCACAUUAUGAAGAAUGCAGUAAUCCUUACAGUAAUUCAGAACAUGCUUAUUCCUCAGCUUCAAGACUGGGAUUAGGAGGCUGCAAGAAACAUAUUCGCAAGACUCCGUUAGUGCCACGACAACUGGCACAACCAGUUUUGGCUCUCAGUGAAAUGGCCCGAGCUCAGCUUGAAGAACUGAUGAUGGAAGGUGAUCUCUUGGAAGUUUCUCUUGAUGAAACGCAACAUAUUUGGAGAAUCCUUCAAGCCACUAAACCUCGUCAAGAAGAGAAGUUCCCAGAUUUUGAAGAGCUGGAGCAUGAAAUAUUACAGAGUAAAAUGGAGAAACAGAAACUGAAGGACAGACGGAAAGCCAAGAAACGUACGCAGGAAGAAAUAGAGUUUGCGAGUGGGAGUAAGAAACUUAAGGUUAAAAUAGGAAAAGAAUUUGAGGAAAGGAAUAAAAAAUGGAAGGAUAAGAAGAAAUUGAAAGAACAGAAGGAGUCUGUGAAGAAAGUACGUAAGAUGAAGAGAAGAGUUGAAACAUUAGACAAGAAAAAAUCUUGUCCUCGCGUGAAAAAAACCAAACAGGAGUCCACAGAUGAUGACGAAGACUGUGCUGCGCCCACCUGCCUCAGACCAACAGGACAUGAAGUGGACUGGGUCCAGUGUGACGGAGGCUGUGACAAGUGGUUUCAUUUGCAUUGCGUCGGUCUCGAUAAGGACGAUGUAAAUGAAGAUGAGGAUUAUAUAUGCAAGAAUUGCACGGUGCAGGAACACGAGCAAGAACAUGACCAGGACGACGGCAACCGCGUUACGGAGGAGGAAGUAGAUUUGUCUCGUGUGAAAAUGGAACUGAAUAAUGUGGAUGAAAGUAUGGGACUGGAUGCGCUGCUGUCGUUGGCUAGCGGCUUGCCUAGUCAUGAUUCAUCAUUGGAGGAUCCCCUGGCAAUGAGUACUGGUGACUGGGUUACGUCAGGAUGUCACGGAAAUGAAUACGGAGAGGGUGAGAAGGACCUUGAAGAAUCAACCUCAGGACCUUCAGUGUCUGCAUUUUCUUCUCCCUCUGGUGUAAACGUAUCUAGUGUUUCCGCAGUUGAAGAGGUACUGCCUACCAAGGAAACUACACUGGAACUCUGUGUUGCUGGUGAUGACAGUAGUUUUUCAAACAAGACUGAAGGAGGCGGUGUAAUAGAGCACUAAAAUUUUUUUUCAGUGUCAGAGACCUCAUGUCUUCAUUUGAAGGGCUGGCCGUGGAACUGGUCGGCAGUCUUAACAGUCUGUAUGUAGGGCUAAGUGGGGGAAUAAAUAUUUUCCAAAGUAUGUGGAGAAGAUCAUGACAAAUUAAACUAUUAAAAUGACAUUUGACAUUCUGUUAUAAGUUUGUGUGGAGUGGCGUUUCACCAUUACCAACAUCAGAAUAUCUGCAAAACUUAUGAUAGUGUAGGGUGUGUCUUGGCAGGAUUAUUGACCCUUAAGUAUUUUAUUCACUUAUAUGUCAGGAGUUAAAGUCACGAAACUGAAUCGUCUGUGAAAAUCUGUUUAAAUAAUUAUGGAAAUGUGUCGCUACGCUGUUUGCCAGUCAGUACAUAUUUGUUUGCUAGCACCUGCCACCUUUACUUCUUGUUUUCUCUCUUCCCCAGACUUCAGUACCACUUUCCUCCACAUCUCUUUUAUUUCCAUUAUUAUCUCUCUCCUCUGUACCUCCAAAUCACUCUUCUCUGUUCCUUCUGCCCAUAUACCUCAGAAUUUGAACACAUUUUUUCACACUUCUUCCGUUUCAUUCCUAACUAUAAGAUGCGUAUUCCACUGGCACGCAGUUAAGAGGAUAUCCGAGUUUAAGACGGGGACAAAACUUUGGAAUUGGUGUGAAAUUACUUCAGAUCCAAAUGCAAGUGCUCAACAGUUGCUGCCCACAGCAUCCUUUAUCUCGUAAAUUGAUUGAGGGCAAAACAUUUGGUUCUAAUUUAACUGGCCUUCGUAAUCCCACCAUAAUCGUCAUGGUGUAGAUGAUCUUAAUGGCCAUAGGAAAUGCUAAAUUCCAUACAAAAAUAUUAAUUUUAAAGUUUAAGAAGACAGAUAAGAGGUCCCUUCCUCUAGAGGGGUAUAACUUAACUUAACAGAAAGUUAUGUAGGAUUUGAGAUUCUCACUGUGGUGAGUCCAAAGAUGGCUCUCUUCUGGAUCGUAACCCCGUGUAGUCUGGUAGAAGUUUACCGACGUUUCAGAGGUCCUUGCUGUCUUCAUCAUCGGGACUGUGAUGAUGGCAGCAAGGGCCUCUGGAACACAGCUAAAAUUCUACCAGACUGCACGGUGCUACAACCUGGAAGACAACCGUCUAUAAGUCUAGACUUCUUAUUCAUACAUCACCUCCCCUUUACAGCAGAAUCUAGGUAAAAAUUGGAUGUAUUACCACAGAAUGUAGGAGGAAGGAUUUGAGUAUGGAGCUAAACUUCUACUCUCAAAUCCCCUCUGAAGAGAAAUGACAGGGAAUUUUGCCAUUUUACCUGGCUUUAUCGAAGAGUCUGCUUUCAUUGCUUGCUCCAGUACCUUCAUACUGAUGUGCAGUAUGUGUAAAAAUGUUUAGUAGUAAGAAAGAUUAGAUUUAUUUCCUUUUUAUGUUCAUGGAAAUAUGAACAUACACACUAUAUUAGGGUUUCGCUGGAAAUUGAAUUCAGACAUUUUCAAACAGUAGUGUUUUAAGUAUUUUUAUUUAUCUUAUAAUAUGAUGGAGUGAUAGUGGUUAAUAGAUGUGGAACGUGUGUUCAAGAUUUAAUUACGAAGGAGGCGAGGGAAAAGUGUCUUUGUACACACUUAUCCCAUCCAUUAAUCCAAGCAGCCAUAUAAAUUGUGACUAAGCAGCGUUGUUUAGUUUCGGAAAAUUUUUACCGUGUUCUUCAGAAUGCUUGGGUUGUAGAUGGAAUUAUUCAUUUAUGACCAUUUUCAUUGCCUGUGAAAAUGUCACAGAGAAAUUUAUUUUCUUUUACUUGGAAACAGAACAGGACAAAUCAAGUAAAUCCAUUUUCAUAUGGGGAAAUGUUAUUUGUUAAGUAGCAUAAUGAAAUUAGACAGUUCUAUUUCAGUGUGUGAAGCAUGCCUAUAAUUACUUUCUGUAAUCAAUGUGUGUUCAAUAAAAAUGUCUCCCGUUCCAUCUCAUUUUGUACAUGUGCUGUGUUUUCUCUAGGCUGACUAGUGCAGUAGAAGGGUAUUAUAAUGUGAAUAUGUGUAUUGUGGCGGACCAUCAUCAUCGUGGCAUAAAGUUUUGAUGCUUUUCGGGCAGUUAUGGCCUUGGAAUAUUGUACUUGACAUACUUCAUGGUAGUUCUCUGAAUUGUAGUACCUUUUGUUCCUGUACAUAAAAAUACCAUGUCACAUUAAUGGAGUGCGGAGUGGAUGACUUUAUAUGACUUCGUCCAUGUUUUCCUCUUCCCGUAUCUUAGACAUUUUGUAACGGGCAAUAGAAUCAAGUCUUCAUACUGUAUUGGUUUCCAAUACAUCAAGAAAUAUCCUGAUUAUUUUCUAGACUUUUCCUUACCAUGCUUGUAGCCCCAUUAUAAUAAUGUAUAAAUGAAAGUAGUCAUUUAUUUUUAAGUAGGCAGAAAUUUAUUUUCUAAAGCAUGUUGUUGUGCUGUUUUUUUUAAGUGUAAUUGUCCUGUUCUGUCAAAAAAUCCCUUUUUAUUGAUAGUUUUAACAACCUGUAAGGAAGCGAGUUACAUAUACUCUAUCCUAAAUGUUGGUCCUAUAGUUAUUUUCACAGAUUUGAUUAAACAUUAUAUUUUAAUACUCGUGUGUGUAGUUUAUAAAUCCAUACAGCAACAAAAUUUGAUAAGUUUAAAUCUAUUACGUGAGAAGCAAAAUGACAUUGAUUAAGUAGAGUGUUAUCCUGAAUCAGGAUUAUUAUUUAUGCUCUGGUCUUUGUCAACAAAAAAGAAAACUUAAUCUCAGUAGAUAAUACUUUAUUGUUUUAUAAACUGGUCUUAUGAAAUUUCUAAUAUAAAGUAUGGCCUUUAGUGUUAUUUUUUCAUACAUAUUAUCUCACUUCAGCCUGUCACAUAGGUGGACUCAACACUUUUCAUUCUAUGGGAUACAGAUUUGAUGUAAUUUUAUUAAUGAGUAACUUAUUGUUAAUGAAACUUUCAUACUUUUAUCUAUAGAAAUCCCAUUGAAAUAAACCACUAAUAUGUCUGAAUUGUUGCAAUAGAUUUUUAAGAAAGUAGUUCGUUCUAGGCCACUAGAAGAGACAAAAAUGUUACGCUAACUGUUAAACAGUAUUGGAGAUAAAAUUGCAGCGCAGUCCAGUUUGUUGGACACAUGCGCCUUAAACAGUAAAUUUAAAUAAUACAUCUUGGAUUAGACAGAUUCCUUAUUCAGAAUUACAGCAGACCAUACAUUAACAGUUCUUCCUUUUCUCUUUUAUUUUCAUUACCCCAUUUUUAUAGUCUUUUUCCAUUUUCCGAAAAGCUGGGCUAGAAAAGUAAAAUUUGAUAUGCAGUUUUUUAUCUACUGAUUGUUAACUGGAGGUAUGUCAGUGCUGAACUGAUGAACAUAAGAAGUAGGAGUUACCAAAUUUAAUUAGAAGAAAAGUAAAAUGUUUGGGUAUAAUGUGCUCGUUAUCAUACAUCUUUAUUAUAUUACAUGGAUCCAUGAGUUAGAUAACAGUAGGAUGUGGAAUAAGUUGUAAUAAUACAUGUUACAAAUGCAUCAAACCAUUACAUACAGUAAAUAAAUUAUACUACCUGUUCAUAUUAUACAAAGAAAAGAAAACCUUGAAAAAACAAUAGGACAUAUUUGUGAACAUUAGGAAUUUAUCAGCAGAGUAAAAGGAGUGUUAUUAGCAGCAGAGGGAAGGUAUUACACUUGCUGACUUCUCGUUUGCAAUCAAUGAAGCCUCGUAAAUCACAUAUUGUUUAUAUCGUUAAUAACACCUGAAGUAAUACAACACAGUUUACCACAAAGCUAAAGUAUACCUACAUAAGAGACUAUGAUACUGUGUCAGAUUUUACAUGUAUGUCCAUCUACCCACAUGUCGGCCACAAUGAGUUGAAUGUGCAGCAGUACGAGAACCUUUAUUUCUCGAUGACAUUCAGUGAUUUUUGUUCUUUAUAAUUUUUCACAUUCGUAGUGGGAUACUGAGUAAUUAUUUCCAAUUUCAGUGGCACUGCUGGGAUAAUUGUUUCUAAUCUUUGAAUGUGUGGACUACAUUAUUUACACAUUAGGCUGAGAAUUCUUAUACAUGUGCAUAUAACAAAGAAAUUAAUUUUUUUGUUAUUGGUAAUUUGCACCUUUGUCAAAUGAUGCUAUUAUAUCAGUGCUGCAUUUUUCCCCAUCUGACUGGAAAAAAAACUAGGGAGAACUUGGAGAAUAGUUUUGAAUUAAUUUAUUCAGUUUGUAUUAAAUUUAAUUAUACUAUUAAACAUAUGUUCUGGGUUUGUCUUUGCCAGACAUGUGCUCACUAUUUCUGUAUGUUGCAGUGUCUUGUCUUGGGAACUGAGAUUAUAAGUUGAAUUACUUGUAUUUAAUUACUUGAAUUACAGAUUAUUUUCCAGAUGUGACAAAAUAUAAAACCUUUUUAGUUCAGUUUUUGUGAUUUUUGAACGUAAGUUAUGUACACUAUACCAUAUAAAAGUUGUCUUCAUAUAAACGGUUGCAUUAUCAUCACCAAGAGAUUUUAGGCUUUGCUUACAUGUUUUGUGUUGUGUACCUGAAUUUAUCACUUCCACCCAUUGCAGAACUUGUAUGUCAUCAGAACUGUCUGAAUUAAAGUGUAAUAUAUACUUCUGAUGUAGAAAUAUUAUUCUGGAGUAAUCAACAGAAAUGUCUUCAUUCACCAUCACAAAUAACUGUUACAGUUACUUUUGUGUUUAAUAAUAUGCAUAUCACAUUAAAAGGCUAUAUGUAAUUUGCUACAUUCUGAUUUUAUAUUUAAUUAUUCUGAGAAUGUAGUUACAUAAUUACAUUUAUAUAAAUGAAUGCAUUUUAGAAGUGACGUUUAAAGGCUCGAAUGAUAUUUUAAGCCAUUGGGUUUGUAUGAAUGUGUGUGUUUCGUGCUUUAAGUUUAGACCCUUCAUUGAUUAGAGCUUGAUAAAUCUGCAAACAUUUUAAAAGGACAGAUAUACCAUGUGUGUCAAAGUCUGUGAACUAAUGUUUGUGAAGGUGUCAUAUUUUAACUAGGGCUGAGUGUGACAGAUUUGAAAGAUUACUAAUCUAUGUGAAUGUUUAAAAUGCCUUGAAAUAUGUAUCCAUUUAGCAAUAAAUUACAUUAUAGUGGUAGUA